AGACGCCGUAGAGGCGGGAGCGAAGCGGCUGCGGGGGCCGAGAGAGAGCCAUCACCAGCCAUUGACAAGGCAACCCAGAAGAUGCCAUCAGACGUGGCUGAGCUGCCACCCAAAGCCACACCAGCUGUCCUGCCACUUGCUCAGGCUGGGAAGGAGCCAUAUGGAAUCAAGCUGUCACCCUGCCCUGGAAUUCCGGGCACCUGCCCCAGUGAUGUGCCCCCCACUGCGGUGCCAGCGGUGCCUGCCUCCCCACAAACUCCAGUGGAGAAUCCCAGACAGACGCUGCGCCGGGGGAGAUGCUUGAUCCACAACUGGCAGGAGGAGAGAGCUACAAACCAUCUGGACUACGUGCCAGGGCAGGAGCUGGGCAAUGAGAGCUACAUCUACCGGCACGGUCACCAUGGGCUGCUGACGCACGAGCUCCCCUCCUCGUCCCCCAGCAGCACCACCAUGAAGGAUGCCUACCGCCCACCGCAAAUGGAUGUGCAGCUGAGGCGAGGACAGCGGGAGUCCAUGCUGGAGUCUAGGCUCUAUCAAAAACGCAGGCAAGCCCAUGCCUCUGCAUGCCACCCACCCCUGGAGCCAUGCCCUGGAGGAGGGGACCCUGCUGCUGCGGAUGCGCAUGGAGUCAGUCUCCACCACGCACCGGGACUACUGCGCCAGGGACCAACAGCUCACACCACAGCCCACCACCCAGCGCCACAACUACUACAACGACCAGCCCUGCAGCUUCUGGCUGGAGCAAGCCCGCGGCCUGCCUGUGAGCUCCCCGGCACCCUGCCCUGCCAGCACCUGGGGGACAGGCUGCUGACAGGCACCUCUCCACUUCCCUCUCUUCCAGGAUGUCACCAGCAUAUGCAGCGGGAAAAGUCCCUUUCGGAGGAAGGCAGCCUUUUCCACUCCCAUUAG